AUGGUUGUGCACACGAGAGAGAACAAUUAUAAAUGCCAAAUAUGUGACAAAGCAUUUGCUCAUAAAUUUACUUUUAAAUCUCAUUUAGAAGUACAUUUAGGACAGAAGAAACAGAAGAAUUAUAAAUGUGGAAUUUGUGACAAAGUAUUUGCUCAUAAAGUUACUUUAAAAACUCAUAUAGAAGUACAUUUAGAUGGGAAGAAAUAUAAAUGUGGAAUAUGUGACAAAGCAUUUGCAGUUAAAAGUACUCUUAAAACUCAUAUGACAGUACACACAGGAGAGAAAAAUUUUAAAUGUGAAAUAUGUGACAAAGCAUUUGCUCAGAAAUGUACUCUUAAAUGUCAUAUGACAGUACACACAGGAGAGAAAAAUUUUAAAUGUGAAAUAUGUGACAAAGCAUUUGCUCAGAAAUGUACUCUUAAAUCUCAUAUGGUUGUGCACACGGGAGAGAAAAGUUAUAAAUGCCAGAUAUGUGACAAAGCAUUUGCAAAUAAAAGUUACCUUAAAAAGCAUAUGACAGUGCACACAGGAGAGAAGAAUUAUAAAUGUGAAAUAUGUGACAAAGCAUUUGCUCGUACAAAUACUCUUAGAGUUCAUAUGCUUGUGCAUACGGGAGAGAAGAAAUUUAAAUUAAAUCGGAGACGAAAAGAUUCAAGAACUGUAUUGUCAAACAGAAACAUGAGCAGCAGUACAGAACAAAAGCAAAUAUCAAAAUGUGAUGUCUGCGAAUACAAAACUGCCAAUAGAACCCACUUAAUUAGGCACACGAAAAUGCAUACUGGUGGUCAAAUAAUUCAAUGCCAUAUUUGUUUUCAACUGUUCUUACGAAAUUAUUUUCUUAAAACGCAUAUGGCAAUACACACAGGAGAGAAGAAUUAUAAAUGUGAAAUAUGUGACAAAGCAUUUUCUAAUACUAGCAAUCUAAAAACUCAUAUGACAGUGCACACGGGAGAGAAGAAUUAUAAAUGUGAAAUAUGUGACAAAGCAUUUUCUAAAAUCAGCAAUCUAAAAUCUCAUAUGACAGUGCACACGGGAGAAAAGAAAUAUAAAUGCGAAAUAUGUGACAAAGCAUUUUCUAAUACUAGCAAUCUAAAAACUCAUAUGAUAGUGCACACGGGAGAGAAGAAUUAUAAAUGUGAAAUAUGUGACAAAGAAUUUGCUCAUAAAUGUACUCUAAAAUCCCAUAUGGCAGUGCACACGGGAGAGAAAAAUUAUAAAUGCGAAAUAUGUGACAAAGUAUUCGCUCGUAAAUUUAUUCUUCAAUCUCAUAUACAAGUACAUUUAGGACAUAAGAAUUAUAAAUGUGGAAUAUGUGACAAAGUAUUUGCUCACAAUGGCCAUCUGAAAACUCAUUUGAAAGUGCACACAGGAGAAAAGAAAUAUAAAUGCGAAAUAUGUGACAAAGCAUUUUCUAAUAAUAGCAAUCUAAAAAAUCAUAUGACAGUGCACACGGGGGAGAAGAAUUAUAAAUGUGAAAUAUGUGACAAAGCAUUUGCUCAUAAAUGUACUCUUAAAUCUCAUAUAAAAGUACAUUUAGACGAGAAAAAACAGAAGAAUUAUAAAUGUGGAAUAUGUGAAAAAGCAUUUGCAGAUAAAAGGUCCCUUAAAAAACACAUGACUGUGCACUCAGGAGAGAAGAAAUAACAAUGCGAAAUAUGUAAAAAUGAAUUUGCUCAUCAAGUUUCUUUAAAAAUUUAUAUAUAAGUACAUUCAGGAGAUGAGAAUUAUGAAUGUGGAAUAUACGACAAAGCAUUUGCAGAUUAAAGUAAUCUCGUACUCAUAUGACAGUUCACACGGGAGAGAAGAAUUAUCAAUGUGAAAUAUGUUACAAAGCAUUUGCUCGUAGAAGUACUCUUAGAAUUCAUAUGAUUGUGCACACAGGAGAGAAGAAAUUGAUUGUGAAAUAUGUGACACAGCAUUUGCUCAUAAAGAUACUUUAAAAACUCAUUUUGAAGUACAUUCAGGAGAGAAAAAAUUAUGAAUUUGGAAUAUAUGACAAAGCAUUUGCAGAUUAAAGUAAUCUUAAACCUCAUAUGACAGUACACACAGGAGAGAAGAAUUAUAAAUGUGAAAUGUGUGACAAAGCAUUUGUUCGUAAAAGUACUCUUAGAAUUCAUAUGGUUGUGCAAACGGGAGAGAAGAACUUUAAAUGCGAAAUAUGUGACAAAGCAUUUGCUUGUAAAAAUGAUUUUGAAACUCAUAUGGCAGUGCACACAGGUAAGAGGAAUUUAAGUUGUAAAUUAUUUGAUAAGGAAAUUUCUUGAAAGGAUUUUUU